AUGUCCUCGCGAAAGUCUGAUAAAUCGAAGAAAUCACAUAAUAUUGUAAAUAUAUCGGGAUCAUCAUCUUCGGCACAUCGCUCAACAAGCAAGAAGGAGCAAGGAUACGGCACAAUCAACACCGGCCUCGACAUAGUCGCAAACAUAGCAGAGGCAUCGGACAUACUCGCUCCUCUGAAGGCUGCUUGUCGAACAACAAAAUCGAUCCUCGAAGUUGUACAAGCGAUAGAAAGCAACCAAGAAGAAUGGACCGACCUGACACGACGCCUGAAGGAAUACAUGUCCGCACUCGAGGAACGCACUGCUCUGUUCGAGACCUACCCACUGGGGGACAGGGCGGUUGACGAGGUGUUCAGCCGUCCACUCAUCCACUAUGUCGAAUUCCUCGAAGAUAUGCAUGACAUGGUUGUCGAUCUAAGGGCGAAGCGGAGUCGCAACAAACUCGGCUUCCUUAAUGCGUUUAGCAAAGUCAAAAUUGAUGCGGGAGAGAUUCGUAAACUUAACAGAGAGAUUGAAGACCGACAUAGGUUGUUCAUGGAAGCGUUGGGCGUUUUUACCGCAUUACGUGUUCAAGUUGUCGAACGGAAUACCGAAGCCACGCGGGCCAAUGUAGAAGCAAUUCUAACGGAGGUCGACGCCGCUGCUAUCCUCCAGCUACCGACAGUAGCAUUUGUCGCGUCCUCUGUCCACCGGACUUGUCUCAAAGGAACGCGUGAGGCCGUUCUCCAGAUGAUACGGGAGUGGGCCCACGACGAUACAUCGGACAAGUCAAUAUUUUGGCUCUGUGAUAUAGCUGGCUCCGGCAAGUCAACCGUCGCAAUGUCCGCGAUGGACGCGUGGCGCAAGGAGGGGGUGCUGGGUGGACGAUUCUUCUUCUCGAUGGCAAGCAGUGACGGAUCAACAACCGACAAGUUUUGCUCCACCAUAGCAAGGGACCUUGUUCAUUUUAUUCCGGAGCUCACGCCAUCCGUCGCUGAAGCCGUGAAGCGGAAUCCCUCUUUCAUGCGAAGCUCCAUUGACGAACAGUUCCAGACGCUUGUCGUCGGUCCUCUCAAUCGUCGGAAAGGACGCGUUAUUCUUGUUCUUGACGCCCUUGACGAAUGUAAAUCUGGAUCCCAGCGAAGAGAGCUUCUGGAAACACUCUCCAAGGCCGUCCAAGAGAGCAAGAACCUCAGGAUAUUCAUGACGAGUCGGCCGGAUCCAGUCAUCCAAGGAGUGUUGGGGUCGCUCUCGAUCAAAGCCAAGUUGAAUGACCGCCUCCAUGAUGUCAACCAUCGCGAUAACGUCAACGACAUCGCAUUUUAUGUACAUCAGUCACUAGAUGGAGUGCUGCCCCAUGACAAGAGACAAAGACUGGUUGGAAAAGCUAACGGGUUGUUCAUCUGGGCGAGCACUGCCUGUCGAAUGCUCACAAGCGAGACAACGAUGAGCACUCCAGAGAGCAUAUAUAACCGCCUAAUUUCCUUGGAUCAAACUGGAGCAAUAGAUGAAGUAUACGACCUCAUAUUUGAGCGUACAGACCCUCAAUCUCACGAGGUCAUGUGUAAGAUGCUUGCGGUGCUCCUUGUGGCAUUCGAGCCGCUCACAAUCGAUGAUCUAGAACACCUCCUCAAGCAGGCUGGAAUAUCGGGAAGUGGCAAGGCUUUAUUACAGAAUCUGGGAAGCGUACUCAUUAGGGAUACGACUACAGAUCUUAUCCAAUUUCGUCACCCAACCCUUGUCGAAUACCUGCGGCGCUGCACCGCCGUUACAACAGUCAACAAUAUCAACAGGAUCCAUAUUAACAUUGCGCAUGCACAUGGCCAAGCUGCGUUAUGGUGUCUGAAAUGUCUCAGAUCGCGGACUGAAGGCCUCAGGUUUAACAUAUGUCAGAUUCAGUCAUCUUUCUACUUAAAUAGGCAGCUCCCGGACCUUGAUGUCAGGGUUUCAAAGUUCAUUACAAGAAGAAUUAGAUAUGCUAGCUCCCACUGGCUGUUUCAUGCAGCCCAAACCAACCUCGACUGGCAGCGCAUGCUUAAGGACGAACUCCAACACAUCAUUAAAAGUCCAUACGUACUAUAUUGGAUGGAAAUACUGAGCUUCACUGGAGCAGUGUCUCGUGCAAUAGCCGGUCUUCGAGCCCUUACACGCCAGACAGGACUUGAGGAGGAAAUCAGGACAAGUGCUUAUGAGAUCCGACGGUUCCUAAUAGCAUUUUCGGUGCCGAUUCUGGACAGUACUCCACACAUCUACAUUUCAGCGCUUCCUUUUACCCCUAAAACGUCAAUACUGCAUGACGAGGGCAUCAAAUUCUAUAGAAACAGUCUCGUUGUGACUCAAGGUCUUGACACCAUGUAUCCAAAGCUCCCGAAUAUUCUACGGGGUCACGAAGAUUCAGUCAACGCCGUCAUCAUCUCACCAGAUGGAUCACGAAUCAUAUCCGGCUCCGACGACGAGACUAUUCGACUGUGGGAUGUCGACACUGGUCAGCCAUUGGGAGAGCCUCUCCGAGGCCACGAAGACUCGGUCAAGGCAGUUGCCAUCUCACCAGAUGGCUCGCAAAUCGUCUCCGGCUCAUCCGACGAGACGAUCCGACUUUGGGAUGCAGAAAGUGGUAAAUUAUUGGCAGAACCGUUCCAAGGGCACGAAUCCGUGAUAAAUGCUGUUGCAUUCUCGCCAGACGGUUCACGGAUCGUCUCCAGCUCGGCCGAUAAGACUAUUCGACUGUGGGAUGUAGAUACUGGCCAACCAUUUGGAGAACCACUCCGGGGGCAUGGAGACGCGGUUCAUUCAGUCGCGUUCUCGCCAGACGGCUCACAAAUCGUCUCUGGCUCAUCCGAUAAGACGGUCCAACUGUGGGAAGCAGACAGCGGUCGGGCAUUGGGAGAACCAUUCCGCGGUCAUGAAUCCGUGAUCUAUGCAGUUGCGUUCUCUCCAGACGGGUCACGGGUUGUCUCGGGUUCCGAAGACAUGACGAUCCGACUGUGGGAUGUAGACACUGGCCAGCCAUUUGGAAAGCCACUCCGAGCUCACCAAUACUCCGUCUUGACAGUCGCAUUCUCACCAGAUGGUGUUCGAAUUGCCUCUGGCUCUUCUGAUAGGUCGAUCCUCAUCUGGGAUGCAAACACCGGUCAGCUGCUGAGACAGCUACUCCAGGCUCACGGGGAUUCAGUUUUGGCCGUCUCAUUCUCGCCAGACUGCUCAAAAGUUGUGUCUAGCUCGUUUGAUAACACAGUUCGACUGUGGGAUCCAGUCGCUGGUCGGCCGUUGGGAGAGUCAUUGCGAGGUCACGAAGAUUCAGUGUUGACCGUUGCAUUCUCUCCAGACGGUUCAAGAAUCGCCUCUGGCUCGGAGGACAUGACUGUUCGCCUGUGGGUUCUUGACACUGGCGAGCCAUCAGGAGAGCCACUUCAAGGUCAUGACGCUGCAGUGGAAUGCGUCACAUUCUCGCCAGACGGGUCAAGGAUUGUCUCUGGCUCACGUGAUGGAACAAUUCGACUAUGGAAUGCGGACACUGGCCAACGGGUACUGGUCCCACUUCAAGGCCAUGAAGGGGGUGUCAAUGUGGUUGCAUACUCGCCAGGCGGGCCAUUAAUCGCCUCUGGCUCGGAUGAUGGGACAAUAAGAACUUGGAAUGCGGUCACCGGUGAGCCGUUGGGAAAGCCACUCCAAGGUCACGAAGACUCGGUGUUGGCAGUCGCAUUCUCACCAGAUGCGUCAAGAAUCGUCUCUGGCUCAAAUGACCGCACAAUUAGACUGUGGGAUAUAGAAACUGGCCAGCAAUUGGGAGAGCCAUUCAUAGGUCAUAGCAAGCGGAUCUCAGCCGUCUUGUUUUCGUUGGAUGGCUCCCAAAUUGUCUCUGGGUCAGCUGAUGGGACAAUUCGAUUGUGGAACACAAACACCAGUCAACCCUUCGGGGAGCCACUCCAGGUGCAUAAAUACUCCGUCCUGGCCGUCGGUCUCUCGCCAGAUGGCUCUCGGAUCGUCUCUGGAUCGGAAGACAAGACGAUUCAAAUUUGGGAUAUGAACACAGGUCGAUCAUUGGGACAACCACUUCGAGGUCACGAAGACUCGGUGUUGGCUGUCGCAUUUUCACCAGAUGGCUCACGAGUUAUUUCUGGCUCGAAAGAUAGGACCAUCAUGUUGUGGGAUGCAGGGAUGGAUAUAAACACAAGGAACGAUAACCAGAACGUCAUAGACCCUACGCAUUUGGGUCUCGAAGACGACCCAAGAGACACUCAUUUGAAGAUUCAUGUACCUGGAUUCGAACAGUGCUCACUUUUGCCAGAUGGAUGGGUGCAGUCUUCUGGUAGAUAUCUCUUCUGGGUACCACCGGACAAUCGGCAUGGAUUACUACGCUCACAUCUUCUCACUAUACCGACAGCAAGCUCGUUGCGUGCAACACGGCUGGAUUUUACUCAUUUCCAAUGUGGUCCAUCUUGGACAAUCGUUUGA